AUGUACUCGCCACUGCUCAAUCGGUCUACGGUCGCGGCGGCACAGCUGAACACGACAUUGGAGAACAGCUCAUCGGCUACACCAAUGAGGAGCGUACUGCUUAAGAUUCCAUCAUGUUAUAGGCUACUGAACGAAGAUCAAGCUGACUCGACGGUGAAAACCCCCUCGUUUCUGUUCGGUCAGAAGCGGCGACCCACAGCCUCUGCAAAUCAAUCUUAUCUAAGUAGCCCAUUCUGUGGUCAAAACGCGCCAUCGAAUGAUAUCUUCGCCUCACCUGUGCCAAGCCACUUGAGGGGCGAAUCCACCAGUACAAGUGGGAAGUCUGUUCAUUGGUCUCCUGCUUUGGUACAAGAGCGUAGCCUUUUACAUGAAAGUCCUCGUUUAACGCUGAAAAUACUAUCAUCACAGACCACAGCGCAGUUUACACCUUCGUCUAAUCUCAAUCCUGCACCUCCACUCCGGUCUAUACGUGAUGAUAUAGAACCGGUUCGAAAAGCAUCGCGUCGGUCGACGAAUGCUCCUGUGGUCGACGCACCACUUGUGUCGAAUGGAGCUACAAAACCAAUUAGCGAGGUGACCCAGUCGCCUGUCGAUACUUGGGUGACAGUAUAUGGAUUUCCUCCCGAACAAGCUGGCAGUGUUCUCAAACAUUUCUCGCGCCAUGCUGAAAUUGUUAGUCAUCAGGUUAGAUUGUUCGUUUCACUUCUGUUUCGGUCACUGCUUAUGAUUUGA